AUGAAUAGCGUCUCGAGCGCGACUGGGCCGGCUGAAAAGCCGAAAGCAUCACCCUUGAAUGAAUCAACGCCAAAGUCAAGAAGUGUCUUACAGCGCGCCGGACCUGAAGUCAAAAAAGUACGGAAAGCCAAGGAAACCCAGGUAGCUCCCAAAACCAUCGCUCCUGCCCUGGAAACUGGGGGUGUAAAGCAGAGGAGCACGAAAGUAAACAAAGAAAUAACUACUCCUGCAAGGGAACAGCAUCUCGACCACAAGACAGGACCACUGAAAACACCGGAAAGGUCAACUGGAUCCCGCAGCUGGGCCACGGUAGUGACCAACACACUUUUGCACAAUCCAGUCAUGAUGAAUGGGAGCUCCAGCGGGACAGCAGACCUGGAUGAUCUUGUGAGUACAGUGUCAGACCUCAGAGUUACGAAUAUAGGUCAAGCCAAAGGUGGACUGUCAUGGGUAGCCGAGGACAUGCCCACCAUCAACGUUAUAGCGAAAAACGAGGUGGCCCCUCGGGUAUUACGCCCGAAAAAUCUGAUUCCAUAG